UCUCAUACACACUCAGGAAACGUUUGAUCCUGUGUGUCUCUCAUCAGUUGGCAGCUGGGACUGUGUGCGAGUGGACGCAACAGGUGACUUGUUUAGACAGGGUGAGCGUUGCAGCAUCUGUGACCAGGCUGUGAGCUCGCCGUUGAGUAGGCGACUCUUGAAGCGUGUGGGUUCAUGGAGAACGAGCCUGGUAUCGUGUCUCCGUUCAAGCGAGUCUUCCUGAAAGGAGAGAAGGGGCGGGACAAGAAAGCCCAGGAGAAGGCCACGGAGCGCAGGGCCCUCCACACCUUCUCACUCUCUCAGCCUGACCACCGCAUCGACCCUGACAUCCUGCUCAACGACUACAUCGAGAAGGAAGUUAAAUACUUGGGGCAGCUGACGUCAGUUCCAGGAUACUUGAACCCAUCAAGUCGCACAGAAGUGCUGCAGCUCAUUGACAAUGCAAGGAAAUCACAUCAGUUGGCAGGCCAGCUGACAUCAGAACAGGAUGCAGUGGUGAGUUUGUCAGCGUACAACAUAAAGCUCGUAUGGCGCGACGGAGAGGACAUCAUCCUGAGAGUGCCCAUCCACGACAUUGCUGCUGUCUCCUACAUCAGGGACGACUCGUUGCACCUUGUGGUGAUUAAAACAGCCCAGGAGUCAGGAGGUUCCCCCUGUCCCAGCUCAUGUCCUGAUCUCAACAAAUCUCAGACCCUGAGCUCCUUAUCAGAGAGUGGAGCUGUGCUUGUGGAAGUCUGUUGUCUGCUCGUGCUGGCCGUUGAUAAUAAGGCAGCAGCAGAGGAGCUUUGUCUUUUGCUCAGCCAGGUCUUUCAGAUUGUUUACACAGAAUCAACCAUUGACUUUUUGGACAGAGCAAUAUUUGAUGGAGCAACUACACCUACAAGACACCUUUCUCUAUACAGUGAUGACUCUUCAAGCAAAGUUGACGUUAAAGAGGCUUUUGAAGCAGAAGGCAGCACAUUUCCUUUCCAGGGCUCUGUUGAAGCAGAAGGAAACUCUCCAACAGCUUCCACCCCAGCAUCCCCUCAGACGAAGACCGCGAGUGAAGGAGAGCUCAGUACCACUGCUGCAGAGCUUCUGCAGGACUACAUGACCACACUGCGGACAAAACUGUCAUCGCAAGAGAUCCAGCAGUUUGCUACUCUGCUCCAUGAAUACCGAAACGGUGCCUCCAUCCACGAGUUCUGCAUAAACCUGCGACAACUCUACGGGGACAGCAGGAAGUUCCUCCUACUUGGCCUGCGUCCCUUCAUACCAGAAAAGGACAGCCAGCACUUUGAGAAUUUCCUCGAGACCAUUGGCGUCAAAGACGGCCGAGGAAUCAUCACAGACAGCUUUGGCCGCUACCGACGCACGGCCAGCUCCGCCUCCGAUUCCACCACCAAUGGCAAUGGAGCAGCAGGGGGAAGCGGCGACAGCGCGGGCUCAGACGAGGGCCAGGAAGCCUCCGAGGGCGACGAAUGGGACCGCAUGAUCACCGACAUCAGCAAUGACAUCGAAGCUCUCGGCUGCAGCAUGGACCAGGAGGGAGUGACGCCCUGAAGUGGUGAGCAAAGGUGCAUUCACAAGAGCUGAGGACUUGAACUCGCAGCCACUCCUCAAAAGAACAGUAGGCAUGAGCUGAAUGGAUCAGAUGAAGGUGGUCCUUAGCACUGACCUAAGAUUUGGUUACUUGUAUUUUCCUCUAAUUGUCCAGAGGACGUUCCAUAGUCCCUACACACUCAAGGAAAACCACACCUUAUUACCACAAAAAAACAUGAAGUCAACAAACGCACUUAUGCAGACCCUGUAGAUGACAUGCAGUUAGUUGGCUAUUUUUGCAUUUCAGAGGGAUUCGUAGCCUCUGAUAUGGUUUUAAAGUUUCUUUGAUUUUUGUACUCAUUUAUUGGCAGUAUCUGCCACUGCUGUCAGCGAUGUAGCGAAAAUCUCCUGAGUCUUUGAGAACGUUUCUGUUUUGAAUACCCUCAAAGACUCUGGAGAAUCCAUCAGAGGUCUGUGUAUAUGUUUUAGAAGGUAAAGACUGAAGCUGUGCAGGUUUGUGCUUUUGUACUUCUAUAGGUCAAUCAGCUUCAUCCACCAGAGGAACUUAGGUUUUCUUAGUUAUUUCACAUUUGUGCAUUUGCUGUGAGAGUGUAACAUUUUGCUAUACAUAUAUAUAUGUAUAUAAAUAAUAUGUAUAUGUAUAUAUAUAAUUUUGUUUUUCAAUAAGAUUUGUGUACCACUUUGUUUUACACUAUCAUUUGUUAUAAGUGUUUACUCAUUUAUAUCAUUUUGCCUUAUUCAAACUGACCAAGGAAAUGCUGUAAAAACAAAAAAUUCUCAUUCAGUUUUAAGUGAUUGAGUGGGGACUGUAUAUGACAAAGCCAGUUAGUUGAUGGCUGAUGUAACUUUAUGAUUUUAGAAAUUUGUUUGUCUCAUGCAGGUCAUCUUGUUGUGUCCUUACAUCUAUCUGUCAUUGUGCCUUUACACUGCAGUACUGUUGCCAACUGUCUGUCACAUUGAGACAGGUUGUUAUGAACUGUAACUACAGUUGUUGAGCAAAUCAUAGUUAUUAAAUAACAGCUACUUUGUG